AAAAGGCUGACAGUUUAUGCGCGCGUCGCUAAACGUCAUUGGGUGGGAGGGCGGAGUCUCGCGCCGCCCUGAGCCGCGCGGCAGUUGGAUCCCGGCCGGCGCGGACCUCGCAUUGCCCCAUGGUGGAGCACGCGCUCGUCGACUGCUCUCAGGCGAGCGCCAUGCAGACCUUACCGCCGCAACCGCACCGCGAGCCCGACGACGAGCACCUCGCCGACGAAUAUGUUCAGAACUUUGAGUUGGAUCAUCUCGAGGAUCAUCAUCUUGUGAAACGUGAACCCCUCCGCACUGGUUGGCACGAGCUAGCCGAGACGCCGCCGGCAUGUGCUCGCGCUUGCCGGCCCUGGCCCGACGCGGGUCCUUACCCCCAGCCGCAUGUGGCUAUUGCCGUCGACCCCAGCACGCCGCCCGAAACCCCUCCGGCUCCCGUCGGGCGCAGCCCGUGCCGCGCCGCGCUCGUCGACGACGUGCUGUGGCUCCCACACAUGCGGGAGCCGCUCGACAUGCGUACAGUCCCGUGUGGCAGUUUCGAAGAGUGGGAUAGACGCGAGUGGCGCGAGGACCACCACAUGCAACAGGUCGCGCUGCGUCCGGCGAGUUCGUGCUCGGCGAUGUCGCCGAGAGCCAGUCAGCACACAUCUUAUCAGCCCUCGUCUUGCGGCGACGAUUUACUAAGUGACGACAUGCUUAUGAGUCUGAGUGUGCGGGAGCUAAACAAGAGGUUACACGGUUACCCGCGUGAAGAUGUGACACGUUUGAAACAGAAACGGCGCACUCUGAAGAACCGCGGCUACGCGCAGAAUUGCCGCAGCAAGAGAUUACAGCAGCGGCAAGAGCUGGAGUUGACGAACCGGUCGCUGCAAGACGAGCUGCACGUGCUGCAGCUGCAGGUGGCGCGCGUGACGCACGAGCGGGACGUGCUGAAGCAGCGGCUGGCGCUGGUGGGGCGCGAGCACGCGGUGCCGCACCACGCGCCGCCCACGCCGCACUCCUCGCCCGAGUUCUUCUCGGAGCUGUGACGGCAGGGCGCGGCGCCGCGGGCCGGCGCCUCCGCCGCCUCCUCCGCCUGCGCCUGGCAGCGCUACUGAGGGCCCGCGGCCCGCGGUGUCCGGUGCUCAUCGCCCCGAUUUGCCGGCGCCCCACACUGUCGGAGCCCACAAUCCUCGUGCUUUUGUUAAGUUUGAAAUAUUAUUAUAUCAGUUCCAGUUUUUCUAUAGUUUUUUUUUAUUAAGGUGGAACAAUGUAGCCAGGAGUUCGGACCUUUGGUUACCGAGACACCGUGUUAAAUGUAUGGUUGUGUCGUAAGAUAUGCAUAGCUUCGUUAACGAUUUAUGAUAUGUAUUACUAAAAUUAUACAUAGGUUAUAUUGACUCAAAAACUGAUUAAUCGAAUAAUAAUUGUACAUAUAAUAUAUGUAAUUGUAAAUGACGAAUAUUAACAUAGGAUCUGUGUUUCCUAAUAAAAUAUUCGUGAA